CAGAGGUAAAGGGUUAAGUCUUAGGAACAGGAGGGUGAGUGUAUGUCUUUCAUCCAUUUUGGACCUCAGAGAGAAGAUUCCAGAAUUUUUAUACCAGCAUCAUUUUCAAGAACAGCCAACCGAAGAAACACACGCUAUGUAAGGAAGAAACAAUUCAAAGCCUCCCAGCCCUGACCUGGCUGAUAGAGAUCAGAUGGUGACUGGAUAGAAGCUUCCCCAGUCUUGGGUCCAUGAUGUACGCACCAGUUGAAUUUUCAGAAACCGCAUACCCACGAAUUGAAUACCACAGACGACAACAACAAUUUUGGGACCCUAUUCGACUGUCUCUUUUCACGUUGGCAAUCGCGGCAAUCGUAGGAAUCACAAUUGGCAUUGUCACUCACUUCGUUGUUGAAGAUGAUAAGUCAUUCUAUUACCUUGCCUCUUUUCAAGUCACAAACAUCAAAUACAAAGAAAAUUAUGGGAUGAGGUCAUCAAGAGAGUUUAUAGAAAGAAGUCAUCAGAUUGAGAGAAUGAUGUCUAGGAUAUUUCGACGUUCUUCUGGAAUGGGUCGAUUUAUCAAGUCCCAUGUGAUCAAGAUUAGUCCAGAUGAACAGGGUGUGAACAUUCUUAUGGUGCUCAUGUUUCGAUACCCAUCUACUGAUAGUGUUGAACGAAUCAAGAAAAAAAUUGAAACGACUUUAUAUCAAAGUCUGAAGAUCAAGCAGUUACCUUUGACUAUAUAUAAACCGUCAUUUAGUCUCACACCUAUUGACAGCAAAAAGAUGAGAAAUCUUCUCAAUAGUCGAUGUGGGAUAAGGAUGUCAUCUUCAAACAUGCCAUUGCCAGCAUCCUCUACUACUGAACGAAUUGUCCAAGGAAGGGAAACUGCUAUGGAAGGGGAGUGGCCAUGGCAGGCCAGCCUACAGCUCAUAGGGGCUGGCCAUCAGUGUGGAGCCACGCUCAUCAGCAACACAUGGCUGCUCACAGCAGCUCACUGUUUCUGGAAAAACAGAGACCCUAGUAAAUGGAUUGCUACUUUUGGUACAACUAUAACACCACCUCUAGUGAAAAGAAGUGUUGGUAAGAUUAUCAUCCAUGAAAAUUACCACAGAGAAAGCAACGAAAACGACAUUGCGCUGGCCCAGCUCACUACUCGUGUAGAGUUUUCAAAUGUGGUUCAGAGAGUCUGCCUCCCAGAUUCGUCUAUGAAACUGCCACCGAAAACAAGCGUGUUUGUCACGGGAUUUGGGUCUAUUGUAGAUGAUGGACCUACACAAAAUAAACUUCGGCAAGCCAGGGUGGAAACCAUAGGCACUGAUGUGUGUAACAGAAAGGAUGUGUAUGAUGGCCUGAUAACUCCAGGGAUGCUGUGCGCUGGAUUCAUGGAAGGAAAAGUAGAUGCAUGUAAGGGUGAUUCUGGUGGACCUCUGGUUUAUGACAAUCGGGACAUCUGGUAUAUUGUGGGCAUAGUAAGUUGGGGACAAUCAUGUGCUCUUCCAAACAAACCUGGAGUCUACACAAGAGUGACUAAGUAUCGAGACUGGAUAACCUCCAAGACCGGCGUCUAAAGCAGACUCAUGAGACAGAGCCAUGGCGCACAGAGCAGGAUGCCUGCAGAUUGUAUAUUAUCACAUAGAGUCGUGAGUUAUAGUCACGGCAUACAAAACAGGAUGCCUGCAGAUUGUACAUUAUUACUUAGAGUCGUGGGGGUUAAAUCGGUGCUUCUGCCAGAUAUCAAGAAACUCAUCAGACCUAAGCCAACUUAGUAUCAUGAGGUGGCUUUUGUGUAUAUAAACUCUCUACAAAGAAGGAAGAAGACAUGGCUAAUGACAGGUAGCACCAAUGCCUCACUCAUAAGGGUGACUCCUCAGUGUGACAAACACUUACAAAUGGCUUCCCUCAGGACAUAAGAGCUGCCAGGCUGCUACAACCUUACCUCAUGUGAUACACAGAGCUCCAGGGCUCAUCUUGCAAACAUCAGUUAACAUCUUCCCUAGGGAUUCAAGACACCAGCAUUCUAGAACUCAUGUCUGGACAUUCAGUUACUAGAAUGAAGGUGCAUGGAACCUGCGGUAAAACUUGAACUCUAACCUGGGUUUGCAUCUGACAGAGCAGAGCAUUAUUCCCAAGCACAGGAACUGUCAUUAUUUAAAUGCAUAUGAACUUGCCAUAACACCAUAAAAUGCCCUCAAGCACUAGCCUCAGGAAGCACUUUUGCAUUGUUAAGAAUCAUUUCUAACUUAUUCUUUAGCAGUAUCUUGCCAUCCACAUAUCAAUCGUAAUCAGCCCAGAAAAGAGAAAAAUAAAACCAUUGUAAGGAUUUUCUCACUAGUAUUAGAAGGAUAAAAGGAAGCAAAUGAAAGCAGAAUUGGCUUAAAAUGUUUAGUAGCAGGGCACACUAAACUUUUGAUGGAGUGUGUUAUCCAAAUACUUAUUUGGAAGUAUCAACAUGAGCAUAUGGUUACCAAUGCUUUUGUAAAUCAUCACUCAUUGCCAAGUCAUAUGUCUAUCAAGAUGUCAGAUGGGGAGUGCCUUAUGAAAAACAGUUAGGAUAGUACUUACUAUGUAGUGAGCACUAAAUAAAAGUAAGUGAAUUGCCCACCAAAUGGCUUAACUAUAGUUCAAAGCCUGGUGGUAGGCGUAGUGCUAGUGAGCACAGAUUGCCUGAGCUAAGCCAAUGUAUCAUGAACUUUGUCUCUCUACCAUAUGCACAUUAUUUGCUUUUAUGCAAAUGACCCAAUAUCUCAUGGUUAGUUAGCUCUUUCAUCUGUAAAGUGUGAAUAAAAUACUACCUCAUUUUUUUGAGGAUUACGUGUAUUAAUACAAGUAAAGUAUUUGCAAAAGCAACUGCACACAGUAAGUUCUCAGGAUGAACAAGCUACUAUCAAUAUUAAUAGUUUGGGGGCUUUUGAAAACACACUAUUUAUAUUUUUUAAUGCCCCUACUUCUUCAAAGAAAUGCAAAUAAUUUCAAAAUACAUUAAAUUACAUCAUUAAAAAAUAGAUGAAGUAUCAGACUUUCAAAAUCACAUUUAUGUUGUUUCUCGGAUUUAUUUGGAACUGUCUGCUGUAGACAAGCAGUCAUAGAAUGACGAUCACCACAAUUAGAACUACAGCCAUGCAUCUGUCUUCACCUUCAGCCCUCAAAUGUGAGACCUGCAUUUGUUACUCUGACUUAGCAGACAGAAACUGUGGCAAAGCCAUUCUUUAGUGGCUAAAGUUUUUGUUUUUGGUUCAGUUUACAUGUAACUGUGUUUAUGUGUAACAUACGUAGCCAAGACAAAUACAACUUUCAAAGCCUCUGAGUUGCAUCUCAAUGAGUUACAAGCGCAGGAAGGUCAUGCUUUAGGAGCUGAUGGCUAGCGACAGCAUCAGAAAAUGCAGAGUCAAAGCUUAAAGACGGGCUUGAUUGGUAUUGGAUUUUUCCUUUAAGAUAAACUCCCAUUUGGUAGAUAACGUGAAAGCAAAUGUGUCUACCCCCCAAAAAAAACCUCUCAUUCUUUCCUUUGUAAAUUCUAUAACAGUAGAUUCAUUGUAUGUCAUUUUAUUUAUAUUUCAUAAGACUGUGACGACUUUUUGUGUAUAAGUAUCUGUGAAACUAUGUAUACUGAUUUACAAAUUUCCAUGUUAGAUUGAAUUCAAUGAUAACACAAGAGGAAUAAAUAUAAAAAGCUGUUUGAAUUCCAAAAAAAAAAAAUAGAAGUGUACUUUUUAUAACAGUGUUUGUAUGUGUUAUUUCAAGUUUGGUAUUUGACCUAUUGAUUGAAUGGCAUAGAAGUCACAUGAUCUUAUACUUCGUGUUUUCCAUCUGACACAUGGGUUACUAAGAUGUCUACCUCAUGGCCUUACUGUGAGGCAUUCUUGAUUAAUAAUAAAAAGUUGAAAAGUUGGAGAACAUUUAAAACCUCAAAAAUGCAAAGUAUAUAAUUGUUAAAAGAUAUCAAUAUGGAUGGUACAGAAAAAAGCAUUAAGAUUAUACAGAUGUGUUUGCUCUCUGCGGUAUUGGGUUUUUGUUGCUUUGUUCAUUUGGCAAACAUAAAAAUGAUUAACAACACAUGAGAAAAUGAUCUUGUCUCCUGUGUGUUGACACUAUAAUAAUUUUAGUAUUCUUUUUAUUGAAAAAAAAAAUUCUGGUAGGUUUAAAAGACAGAACAAUUCAGUUAGACUUAUAGAAAAUGUAAUAACUCCAAUGAAGCAGGAUCCUAAUGAAACUUGAGGUUCUAACUAAAGGGUUAAUUAUUAUGAUUGAGAAAGACUGAGCCAAAAAUUUUGGUAAUAGUCAGUCAUGGCUCUGAUGUCUUCAUGAUUCACUAACAAUAAAAGCAAUACAAAUGCAUUUGCUCUUUCAACUGAAUAAACCUCUGUUGAAUUAUUUGGUAUGUAUGCACAAUCCUUCAUGCAGUCAUAGAAAUGAAGAUAAACUGAAGAAAUCAUUGAAAUUGAUGCAAUCAUAACUUUUGGAGCUGAGGGAAGCAUAAGAGAUUCUUUAAAACAAACCUGUGUUUUGAAUGCUGAUACAAAGACUAAAUAGAUAGCUACAGGUUUAUAGAAUGAGCCAUGCUCAGUGGAAAAAUAGAGUUCAUCCCAGUCUUAUCUCCAAUGCUAUAAUCUGAGUUGUGCAAGUUAGACAGCCUGGGACAUUGUAGCCUUAAUGACCAUUGCAAAUCACUG